AUGCUCUCCCUCCGUGCCCUGGGAGCUGCAACUCUUGUGCUUGCUUGUACCAGCGCCGUCCUUGGACUGGGUUCGUCAUGCUCUGGGCCUAUCGGACCUGGAACCUCUGGACAAAAUGACCCGUUCUGGAUGGAAAGCAUAAAGCAUCAAGGAAAAUCUGCCUUUAACCCCAACCCAAACGUAUAUUCCGUUUUCCGUAACGUAAAGGACUUCGGUGCUCGUGGAGAUGGCGUUACCGACGACACGGCAGCCAUUAAUGCUGCAAUUACAUCUGGUGGUCGAUGUGGAGGUGGCGGUUGUCGCUCCUCAACUCUCACCCCCGCUGUUGUAUACUUCCCCAAAGGAACUUAUCUCGUCUCUGCACCCAUCAUACCAUACUACUACACACAGCUCAUCGGAGACGCGAAGAACUUCCCUACUAUACUUGCAUCAGCAUCUUUCGAUGGAAUGGCUGUCAUAGAUGCGAACCCGUACAUUCCUGGAGGCGGAGGUGCACAGUACUGGACAAAUCAAAAUAACUUCCAUAAGUCCAUCAGGAACUUCGUGAUCGACGUUAGACGUGUCCCAGCCGACAAGCCUCAAGGAACAGGAAUUCACUGGCAGGUUGCUCAAGCGACAUCUCUCAUGAACAUCGUGAUACAGAUGUCGGCGGAACCCAACACUGCCCACCAAGGCAUCUGGAUGGAAAACGGAAGCGGCGGUUAUAUGGGAGACCUGGUAUUUAAUGGAGGCAAAUUUGGAAUUUGGGGCGGAAACCAACAGUUCACCGUCAAAAAUGUCACCUUCAACAACGUCCAGACGGCCGUAUACAGCUUGUGGAAUUGGGGUUGGACCUACCAGGGUGUUACUAUCAACAACGCUCAGGUCGGGUUUGAUAUCGCGUCUGGAGGACUGACGAUUGACACCCAGACCACUGGUGCUCAAGCGAUCAUCGAUGCCGUCGUCACAAACACUCAGAUUUUCGUUCGAAACUCUCAACCUAGCAAUGGCCGUCUGGCAGGAUCUUUGGUGCUUAACAACGUCAGACUCAAUAACGUCCCUGUAGCUGUGGGUGUAGUUGGCGGGGCCGUUGUACUUAAUGGCGGUUCCACCACGAUCUCAUCUUGGGGUCAAGGAAAUAUUUACCGUGGCACUAACCCAAGUGGCUCAUUUAUACAAGGUAAUAUUCCGGCACCAAAUAAAGAUGCAAGCCUACUGGAUAGCGCUGGAAGAAUUGUCGCACGCACACAUCCUCAAUACGCUGAGUAUGCUGUAAAUCAAUUCAUCAGCGUUAAGGAUUAUGGUGCUGUAGGAGAUGGCUUUACAGACGAUACGGCUGCUCUCACCAGUAUCUUUAAUCGGUUUUCGGGAUGCAAAAUUAUCUUUUUCGAUGCUGGCACAUAUGUCGUGUCGAACACCAUCACCAUUCCUGCGGGAACUCAAAUGACUGGUGAAGCGUGGACUGUACUUGCAGGGAAAGGGCCAGCGUUCCAGGACCAGAACAAUCCUCGCCCUGUUUUCAGAAUCGGAGAGACCGGUUCUCAAGGUGUACUCGAAAUCAGCGACAUCGUUUUCAGCACCAUUGGGCCAGCUGCUGGUGCUAUUAUCGUUGAAUGGAACGUCAGACAACCCUCUGGAUUCCAAGCUGGAGCAGGAAUGUGGGAUUCUCAUGUCCGAACUGCCGGGGCAGCGGGGACAAAUCUUGAGGGAAAUAGGUGCCCCAAGAGUGGAGCAGGAGGGUUCGAUAAUUGUUUCGCGGCUUACAUGGCGCUUCACCUCACGCCACGAUCUACUGCCUACAUUGAGGGAGCAUGGGUCUGGCUCGCUGAUCAUGACUUGGAUUUCCCAGGAGAAGGUCAAAUAUCCGUUUAUUCAGGCCGUGGAAUCUUGUCAGAAUCGCAAGGACCAGUGUGGUUGAUAGGAACAGCUGAACAUCACGUCUUGUAUCAGUAUAACCUUGUGAAUGCAGCCAACCACUAUAUGGGUCUUAUUCAGACCGAAUCACCGUACUACCAGCCUGCACCAGUUUCUCCUUCCCCUUUCACGAUUAAUCGUACGAUGAAGGAUCCAACGCCUUAUAGCGGAAACCCAUCUGCAUGGGCAGUUUCCAUCACACAGUCACGUAAUAUCCUCAUUUUUGGUGCUGGUCUUUACAGCUUCUUCGAUAACUACUCGCAAGCCUGCAUCGACUCGCGAAACUGCCAAUCACAGCUGCUCAACAUUGACACAGCCUCGACAAAUAUCAACAUAUACAGCCUUUCUACAGUCGCAACUAUGUUCCAAGUCAGUGUCAAUGGAGCAGGGAUCGUCAACCAGGCGGGAAAUGUGAACGGGUUUGCAUCGACCGUAACAAGCUGGAGCCAAUAA